AUAGCAAUGAGUACAACAUAUCUCAUGUCAUUGUUAUUGGCAGCGUUGAGAUCGGUCGACCAAUGACUGUUCUCUCUACAGUCAGAGCUCGCGCAAGAAGGUGGGACGUAAGGGAGAUACCGAGUCCAAAACUUGUAAGGGCGUUGUUGACAUAGCUUUAGCUUCCCGGUUCUCCCGAUGCUAAACUAGCUCUUUUGGAUACUUCUGUAUGCUAGCGCGGUCAUGCUAGCCAUCGACGCGCAAGUCCGUCAAACUUUGGAAUCAUUCCCGGUUCCUGGGCCCAUAACCUGUUGACAGGUAGCCUUAUUUAUUCGGCCUACCUGCGCGGCGGAACAAUGAUUUUCGGAGAAUGAACGGACGUCCAGGCGUUUAUCUCUUUAGCCAUCCGACUCGUGGCAUUCUUUAAUGUAAGCAGAACAUGCUCAACUGCCCGCUCACGGGAGAGACGGGUGCACACAGGGAAAAGGGGAGGGAACACUGCCCUUAUGUGGGAAUGGUGCUCUUGAUAUCACGACCCAGGAAACAGUUACAGGUACAUGCAUUCAUACACUCUUAACAGGCGUAAUAACUAGUUUGUGAAUGACCCAGAGAAACAUAAAUAUCCGACGAAGCAAAAUCCCGGACGUUUUUGGAGUCCCUGCCGGACGCAUUUUUUUAGGUCCCAAAAAGAGGACAUGUCCGGGGAAAAGAGGACGUCAGGUCACCCUAGUGUCUGUGGAAUCGGCGUGCGUCAUAGGGUAAGUGUGCGUCAUACAACUUGAAAGCACGUAUCCAUGACAACCGGAGUGUGCGUCAUGCAACUUCAAAGACGUUAGCAUUUAAACGUUCCAUUGUGUGCUAUUCGAAUCACUUCUCAGAGGGCUUCGAACAAGGUGCAUUGGAAAUACUGCAUGGAAGGUAAUAACCAGAAUAUUGCAGGAAAAUAAUUAAUUUGAUGCACCGCUAAAGGAUAUAUUAUUAACAAGACUUUGAGAACAUCUGGUCCACUGGAUUUUGCAUUGCGAUAAGAUGGAAAACAUGAAAGAAGACAACGUUUCAACACAAAGCAGUGAACAAGAUAUAAUUGAAUCUGACAUGGCCGAAGCACUGGUUUCCCACGCUCUAGAUAUGGCCGUAUACGGGAUUUGUGAGCUGAACCAGAAAAUCUCUUUGUGGAAGGCUGAUGAAGCCUCCGGACUGAAUCACGAUUCCUUUGAGGACAAUAUUCAGCAAUAUUUGAGGAAUUACUACAAUUCAAGGAUAAUGUUCGCGGAGGGGAGUGGAACACAAUCACAAGACGGUCCAUCAUCCCCUGACCGCCCGAGCACGUCAUACGCUGAAGAACCGAAGUAUGAUUCUGACAUUUCAAAGACGGUCGAUGGGUAUUUUGAAAUUGCCGCGAAGAGCUCAGUUGACGAAAAUAAGGCCCAUCCACUCACUACAAUCAGUUCACCAUGUGAUUCUGUUCAAGUCCACAAGGGAAAAUCUGGAGGAAGACCGAAGAUAAUUUUUAAGGCAAUGAGAUCUUUCUGGAAAAAGGCCUUCAGGUUAAAUAGAUAUGAGAAAUGCCAGCACGUGGAGAGUGACGCACAACGGUCUCAAGUGACCGCAGAACUGGACGACUCUCCUGGAGAACUGGACUCCGGCCUUCUUAAAACUUCCCGCGAUAUUUCAGUUGAAUCCCGGACCAAAAAGCCAGCAGAGGACGAUGAAAAGGAGUCCACGGAAUUGGAAAAAGCCCAACCGUCACAACACACAGCAUACCCGGGAACCUCUUAUUCUCGAAGAUCCCUGAGUUCUGACACUCUGAACUCAGAUGAUGAUGUGGUGCAUGACUUUGCAAUCCAGGUGGAAGUGAAUACAUUUGAGAUUAACCCCGAAGUGAACGUCAUCAUUCGGGAAUUAGUUUCAGAGACGGUCGAUGACUAUUUUGAAAUAGCCGCGAAAAGCUCAGUUGACGAAAAUAGGGCCCAUCCACUCACUAUAAUCAGUUCACCAUGUGAUUCUGUUCAAGCCCACAAGGGAAAAUCUGGAAGAAGAAAGAAGAGAUUUUUUAAGGCAAUGACGUCUUGCUGGAAGAAGGCCUUCAGAUUAAAUAGAUAUGAGAAAUGCCAGCACGUGGAGAGUGAAAGCGUCCCUGUGCAUAGAGAAUUGAUUCUUUCCCCAAUCUUGUCCAGCGGGUCCGAGCCAGCAAAGUAUGAUGCAGGGAAGUCAGAACAGAGUGACGCACAACGGUCUCAAGAAACAGCAGAACUGGACAACUCUCCUGGAGAACUGGACAACUCUCCUGGAGAACUGGACAACUCUCCUGGAGAACUGGACUCCGACCUUCUUAAAACCUCCCGCGAUAUUUCAGUUGAAUCCUGAACAAAAGCCAGCAGAGGACGAUGAGGAGUCCACGGAACUGGAGAAAUACGCACAACCAUCGCACACAAGACAAGAAGUAAAAGUGGAAGCGUUUAAAUUUCCCCCAGACCUGAAAGACAUCAUUCGGAAACAUAUUUUGAACGCGAUCGAUGAGUGUUUUGAAGCUGUCCGUCCACUCGCGCCUGUCUCAGAAAGGACAUGUAGGAAUUUUAAAUCCCCCGGAUGUAUCUCACAGGUUUUAGAGAACGACAAAGAACCCCACCAACAACCUCCUUCCUCUUCCUCCUUCUUGGUGGAGAAGGAGGUCGGGGUCACUCGUCCCAAGACACCGCUACAGGUGAGAACAGAUAGAAAACGACCUCCUUCCUCAACCCAGAGACUCUUCUUGGUGGAGGAGGAGGUUAAGGUCACUCAGCCCGAGACACCGCUACAAGUGGAAACAGAUAAGAAACGACCUCUUCCCUCAACCCAGAGACUCUGCUGGAUGGAGAAGGAGGUCGGGGUCACUCGGCCCAAGAAACCAAUACAAGUGAAAACAGAUAAGAAACGACCUCCAUCUUCAACCGAGAGACUCUUCUUGGUGGAGGAGGUCAAGGUCACUCGGCCCAAGACACCGCUACAAGUGGAAACAGAUAAGAAACGACCUCCUCCCUCAACCGAGAGACUCUGCUGGAUGGAGAAGGAGGUCGGGGUCACUCGGCCCAAGAAACCAAUACAAGUGAAAACAGAUAAGAAACGACCUCCAUCUUCAACCGAGAGACUCUUCUUGGUGGAGGAGGUCACGGUCACUCGGCUCGAGACACCAGUACAAGUGAAAACAGAUAAGAAACCUUCAAUUCUAAAAAGGUUCUGGAGAUUCUUAACAUGUUCAAAUAAGUAAGUACA